AGGAUGCCGAAGAAAACGAUUCAAGAUAAAGCUUAUCUUUAAAUUAAAAGUAAUAAGGCUGUUUGAUCAAUAUCUUCUGUUGUCGAAGUGGUUUUAUAUAUAGGAAAAAUCCUGGAGUGCUACAGUGUAUACGACCGAACAGCUAUGGGCGGCACAUGGAUGGGCGAUGAAGGAAAUGCGAGCUCUGCCAUUCCGCCACCACCGCCGCAUCCCACGCGGUGGGGAUACGGCCCAGAAUCUCAACUCAGUAUCGUUACGGGUGAGGAUACUAACAACGCAUAUUUUCAUUUAAGUGUGGAGAAUGGCAUGCCGUGUUACACAACUGCACCAAUGCGGUCAUAUAGAUCAUCACAGACUGAAGGAUGUAAUUAUAGAACCGGAUCGCAUGUUGGGUCUCUCUAUAGACCAGGUCAUCCUGGUAGUUCCAUUCCACCUCCACCAACAUGGUUUUCACCAGAAAAUUCUUGUCAAAUGGGGGCAACUCCAGGACAGUGGUACCCACCACCAGCAACUAUAGCUACCGCGUAUCAAACAAAUAAAUUCCAACAUUCGUUGGAAUCCCAUCACAGUCCACAAAAAUCCUUCCAUUACUAUUAUGGAUUCCCGCCCACACCUCCCAGCGAAGGAACAAACGAGAUAUCAUCAGUUGAUGGAACAACUUAUUGCUACGAAGAGAACAGAAACUUCCCAGAAGCUAACAGACCACCAGUGGUUAGUGUGGGGUCAUCAUUUUAUCCGAACACAGCGACACAAGAUUUUGCUCAAUCACAAGGUCACAGUUUUCCUUGUUCCUGUCGCCAAACCAUUCAGAAUCAUUUAUCAACAUCACAAUCAUUAACUCAGGUGUCUCCUCGUUUCACUACUCUGAAUCCCCCACAUAAUUCUAUAACUUCACAUACUAUGCCAAUACCAAUAUCAAAUGGGCCUUUACCAGCUUCCCAGCAAUCUAACAGAUCACCAGAGUCAGCAAAACCUAAAAGCAACGGUGAUAAUAAACCCAGGAAAGCAACUAAGGAAGCAAAAUUGAGAAGACAUAAAGGAAAAAGCAGAACAAAUACAGAAGGUCGAGAAUGUGUAAAUUGCGGUGCGACGUCCACUCCUCUUUGGCGACGAGAUGGCACUGGUCAUUACUUGUGCAAUGCAUGCGGUCUUUAUUAUAAAAUGAAUGGACACAGCAGACCUCUAGUGAAGCCUAAAAGAAGAUUGUCUUCUUCGAAAAGAAUUGGGACAAGCUGUGCCAACUGUUACACUACAACGACCACACUAUGGAGAAGAAACCACCAUGGUGAGCCCGUCUGCAAUGCCUGCGGACUAUACUUUAAGCUGCAUAAUAUGAAACGCCCCGCUGCAAUGAAAAAAGAUGGCAUACAAACCAGAAACCGCAAGAUAUCCUCCAGAUGCCGAAAGAAAAAACUCUAUCAAGCUUUGGAUCACACUAGCAGACCAGUUUGCAAUCGGGAUUACAUUAACUACAAUAGUUUUUCUCAAUGUAAUCGUGCCCCAACAUACAUAGAACAGGACAAUUUGACAGGAAAUAACUUAUUUUCAAGUGACUGUAUGACUGCUUCAGCCACUGCAAACCUGAAUAAUAUGAACAAUGUUCAACAUUCUGGAUAUGUACUUCAUUCCUAUCCACAGGCAAUGAUUGGUGCAAUUUAACUUGUUUCAAAAAUUUUUCUAAUGAACUAUCUCAGUGCCUUAUACAUACUAAAAGUCCUAAAUUAGACUAACAGUUUUAAAAACUCUAUGAAAAAAUAAAGGGUUAAAAAAAUUAUUACAAUAAUUCAUGUGACAGAGUAUAGAUGUUCCCUUCCAAAGUUCUUGGUUUUAGUUCAAAGUUUUUUUGGUAGAUGGCAUUGCAGACCGUAAAAGUAUGAAUUAAAGAAAAAUAAUUAAAAAUCACAUCACAACAUAAUAUUGCUAUUAAUAAUACAUAUUGAAAACAUUGCAAUGUGAUUUUUAUUCCUUAAUAGAUUUCGAAAAAAUUUGAUGCUAAUUUCAAAUUUUUUUUCUCUUCUUUACGGGUUUAACAUAUGUAGCGCCAUCUGUCAAAAACAAUUUGCACUAAAUUAGAAACUCUUGGAAAAAAAUAUUAAGUCCUGUCAUAUAAAUUUGUUGCUGUCCUGUCACAUAAUUAAAGUUUUAAAAAACUAUCAGUUUAAUUUAGGAUGCCAUAUAGAUUUAAAGGACUAUUUGUAAGAAAUUCCAUUUCAGAGAACUGUAAAAUCUAGUCCACACCCUUGCAUGCCAUUUUUUGCUGAUUAAGAGAAAAAAAGAUUUCAUUGAAAAGCUGUGCGAAAAUGGUGACACAUAGAGAAAAAAAAUUUCAAUAUUGUGCUUCAUCACAUUAUUUCUCCUGAAAUAAAUGUUGAAUGUCAACACAAAAAUUUGGAACUUGUACCUGUUAUACAAUAAACUUUUCAUUUCAUUUCAAGAUAA